AAAUCAGUCUUUAAAAAAUUUAAGAAAAGAAAGAGAUGGACGGAAGGUGGCUAAGGGCAGGAAGGAGUGGAGGUGGGGUAUCUGGGGGCCAUGUCCCUUCCUGCUGAAAGUCAGAGCUGGUGAAGAGGGUGCCCAGGACCUGUCCCGGCCCCCGCACCUCGUUAACUUCCUCCUUCAGGUUGUGACUCUUGUCACCUCCUUCUGGAAGCCCUCCCUGAAUUUCUUAUCCAGGGCAGGCGCCGUUAUAGGCUCACCUGGCAUUUGGACUCAGGGUGGUUAUGGCCUAAGGUCUGACUUAGCUAGUGGUUUCCUGAAUUCACUCACCGCUAUACCUCAUCCCCCAUGGGGCCUUGAGCUCAGAGGGUGUGUGCUGAGUGACCCAGUGACAAUGAAGGAUUACAGCUCCCAAGGGUCCUUGGGUGUCGGGUAUGUGGCCAGAUAGACCAGGGGCUGACGAAGGGGACCAGGUGGCCCUGUCUCCCUGGGAUCCACCUGGAAGCCCAGGGCUUCAAAUGGGAACUUUCUCACCCCUUGCUGCCGUGAACCUUCACGUUGUCUUUAGGAUCUUGGCAGUGUCCCUGUUGCGUUUCCCCAGUUAAGCCCUGGCUGAGACACUUUCUCUUUUAUUGCAGCUUCAUGGCGGCUGAGGAGACGCACUGGCCUGUCCCCAUGAAGGCCAUUGGUGCCCAGAACCUACUAACCAUGCCUGGGGGCGUCGCCAAGGCUGGCUACCUGCACAAGAAGGGUGGUACCCAGCUGCAGCUGCUCAAAUGGCCCCUGCGCUUUGUCAUCAUUCACAGGCGAUGCAUCUACUACUUUAAGAGCAGCACCUCUGCUUCCCCCCAGGGCGCCUUCUCCCUGAGUGGCUACAACCGGGUGAUGCGGGCAGCCGAGGAGACGACGUCGAACAAUGUCUUUCCCUUCAAGAUCGUCCACAUCAGCAAGAAGCACCGCACCUGGUUCUUCUCGGCCUCCUCUGAGGACGAGCGCAAGAGCUGGAUGGCCUUGCUGCGCAGGGAGAUCGGCCACCUCCAUGAGAAGAAGGAGCUGUCUCUGGACACCAGUGACUCCAGCUCGGACACGGACAGUUUCUAUGGUGCAAUUGAGCGGCCCGUGGACAUCAGCCUCUCUCCAUACCCCACGGACAAUGAAGACUAUGAACAUGACGAUGAAGAUGACUCGUACUUGGAGCCUGACUCCCCCGAGCCCGGGAAGCCUGAGGAUAUCCUGACGCACCCACCAGCCUACCCCCCACCUCCCGUGCCCACACCCAGGAAACCAGCCUUCUCCGACAUGCCCCGGGCCCACUCCUUUACCUCCAAGGGCCCGGGCCCUCUGCUGCCACCCCCACUCCCUAAGCGUGGCCUCCCUGAUGCUGGCCUGGCUCCUGAGGACUCCAGGAGGGACCCGCUAGGCCCGAGGUGGGUGGAGCCUGGCCUCAGGGUGCCUGCUGUGUCCCGAAGAGCAAGUGACCCCCCAGUGGGGAACCUGCCCAACCUCCGGAAGGCCCCUUGCUUCUCUGAGAGCACCAGCCCUGGCCCGGAGUCCCGGAUCCCCAGCCACGGAGUCAGCUCUGCCGGCAUGGCCACGGCCUCCUCCAGGAACUGUGAUAAACUCAAGUCCUUCCACCUGUCCCCCCGGGGACCACCCAUGCCUGAGGCCCCACCUGUGCCAGCCAGCAAGCCCAAGUUCCUGAAGGUGGUUGGAGAGGCACCCCCGAGGGAGACAGCCAGGCCGGGACUCUUUGUGCCUCCUGUGGCCCCCAGGCCUCCUGUGUUGAAGCUGCCAGUGCCGGAGGCCCCAGCCCGGCCUGUGGUCUUGCCCAGGCCAGAGAAGCCGCCCCUCCCUCACCUCCAGCGAUCACCUCCUGAUGGGCAGAGUUUUAGGAGCUUCUCCUUCGAAAGGCCCCGUCUCCCCUCCCAGCCCGACACCCCGCAGGCCGACGCUGGUGGCAAGGACUCAGAUGAAGACUAUGAGAAGGUGCCGCUGCCCAGCUCCGUCUAUGUGAACACCACGGAGUCCUACGAGGUGGAGAGGCUGUUCAAAGCCACGAGCCCCCGGGGAGAGCCCCAGGAUGGACUCUACUGCAUCCGCAACUCCUCCACCAAGUCCGGGAAGGUUUUGGUUGUGUGGGAUGGAACCUCCAGCAAAGUGAGGAACUACCGCAUCUUCGAGAAGGACUCUAAGUUCUACCUGGAGGGCGAGGUCCUGUUUGUGAACGUGGGCAGCCUGGUAGAGCACUACCACACCCAUGUCCUGCCCGGCCACCAGAGCCUGCUGCUGCAGCACCCCUACGGCUACACGGGGCCCAGGUGACGCCUGCACGGAGCUGCGGGGCAGAGGCGACCACGGGCCACCACCUCAGGCCAUGCAGAUGACACUGACCUGCAUGGGAGGAGGAGCUCUUAACUGAGGCCUUCCCAACAGACAGCUUGUGGAAUCUGCCAGGCCAGGCCGCACCCAGCAGGCUGGGUCCUUGGGGCUAGGCCAGGCCCCAGGCUCCAGAGGGCUGAGGGCUCUCCUGUCCCUCUCGGGGAGCCCAGGGUCCCAGGACCAAGCCCUGCCUGAACUUCAUGGACAGGAAUUCUGGCCUGCCGCCUCCCAGCACACCCACCCUGCACUGGGCUGGAGGCUGGGCAGGGCUUGGGCAUUUGGGGUGGGGGUAGGGGCUGGCCCCAGGCCCCCCCAGGAACGCUAAGACUCAGGCUCCAGCAGGGGCCUUUGUUGCACAAUAAAGCACAGAUGACCUUUG